CAAAUAAUCAAACCUAAGUCAAGUUUAACAUAACUCUCGUUUGUUUCUUCUACUCAGACCAACACCAACACUCACAGAGGAUGUUUGGAUUUGCUUCAUCCUCUGCCGCCGCCGCCACCACCACCACCACUCGCAUUCUCUGUGCUUCAACCAUUUACUCUCCUUCUCGUACCACUACUCCUCUCCUCCCCACAACUUGGGUUCAGGUUCCUUCAUCUUCACUUCGCUUCAGGUGUGUUCCCAUCAAAGCCAUGGCUGAGACUGACACAGUUUCAGUGCCUAAAACUGCUUCCUCUUCUCCUGGCAGGAAGCAAGCCUUGAUAUCAUUGUCAGACAAGAAGGACCUUGCAUUUGUUGGGAAUGGGCUCAAGGAAUUAGGAUUCACUAUUGUUUCAACCGGAGGAACAGCUUCUGCGUUGGAGAGUGCUGGAGUGGCUGUUACUAAAGUUGAACAGCUUACUCAGUUCCCUGAAAUGCUUGAUGGUCGUGUUAAAACUUUGCACCCUAACAUACACGGGGGUAUCCUUGCUCGAAGAGACCAAAAACAUCAUAUUGAAGCUCUCAGUACACAUGGAAUUGGUACGUUUGAUGUUGUUGUGGUGAACUUGUAUCCAUUUUAUGAUAAAGUUACAUCAACUGGAGGUGUAGAAUUUGAGGAUGGAAUUGAAAAUAUUGAUAUUGGUGGUCCAGCUAUGAUUAGAGCUGCUGCAAAGAAUCAUAAGGAUGUUUUGGUAGUGGUUGAUUCAGAAGAUUACCCUGCCCUUCUGGAAUUUCUUAAAGGAAACCAUGAUGAUCAAAAGUUCAGACUAAAGCUUGCUUGGAAAGCUUUCGAGCAUGUUGCUUCAUAUGAUUCUGCAGUAUCUGAGUGGCUGUGGAAGCAGAGUUCUGGAGAUAAACUUCCUCCUAGUUUGACAGUGCCUCUUGUGCUGAAAAAUGAUCUCCGUUAUGGUGAAAAUUCUCAUCAGAAAGCUGCAUUUUAUGGUGACAGAAGACUUUCUGAGGUUAACGCUGGUGGAAUUGCUACAGCCAUCCAACACAAUGGAAAGGAGAUGUCGUUUAAUAACUACUUGGAUGCUGACGCUGCUUGGAACUGUGUAUGCGAAUUUAAGAACCCAACAUGUGUAGUAGUGAAGCAUACUAAUCCUUGUGGGGUAGCAUCUCGUGAUGAUAUUCUGGAAGCUUACAGGCUAGCUGUUAGAGCUGAUCCAGUCAGUGCAUUUGGUGGAAUUGUUGCUUUCAAUGUGGAAGUUGAUGAGGCUCUUGCUAAAGAAAUUCGAGAAUUUAGAAACCCCCUAAAAGAUGAGGAAAGGAUGUUCUAUGAAAUUGUGGUCGCUCCCAGCUAUACAGAGAAAGGACUUGAGGUUCUUCGUGGGAAGUCGAAGACCCUUAGGAUUCUUGAGGCGAAAAAGAAUGAACCAGGAAAGCUUUCGAUCCGACAAGUUGGUGGAGGGUGGUUAGUUCAGGAGUCUGAUGACUUAACCCCACAUGACAUAAAGUUCAACGUAGUCUCUGAGAAGUCUCCGCAGGAUGGUGAGCUACGUGAUGUGGAGUUUGCAUGGUUAUGCGUGAAGCAUGUCAAAAGCAAUGCCAUUGUGAUAGCUAAGGAUAAUCGUAUGUUAGGUAUGGGAUGUGGGCAACCGAACCGUGUGGAGAGUUUAAGAAUAGCAGUGAGGAAAGCUGGAGAUGAAGUUAAAGGUGCUGCCUUGGCUAGUGAUGCCUUCUUCCCUUUUGCUUGGAAAGAUGCUGUGCAAGAAGCAUGUGAGAGUGGAAUCAGUGUUAUUGCAGAACCUGGUGGCAGUAAACGAGACCAAGACGCUAUAGACUGUUGUAAUAAGUAUGGUGUUUCACUACUCUUUACUAAUGUGAGGCACUUUAGGCACUGACACUUUAAUUUUUCAUGUUUUGGGAGAACUUUCUGUUUCUAUUGUCCUAGCGGUAUUCUGUUGUUAACUAAAACCUGUUUUUGACAUCAAGUGGCUGAAUGAGUUAGGGUGUUGCACUAUCCAAGUUAUAUAGAAAAAUAAUGCCUUCUUAGUCCUUA